UCUUGUGGUAUACAGGCAAAUAGCUAGAUAUUUCAUUGCGUUUCCAAAAUCUUUUCUUUCUGCUUUUAAUUAAAUAUUAAAGUACUUAAACUUUACAUUGCUAAUCAUACUUGAAUAGGCAAACAGAUUAGAUAUAUUAAAGUUGUAAAAUAAUUUCUUUGAGAACAUUAUACAUUGUUAAUCAUAUUUAAAUAAUAGUUACAUUAGAAAGUAUAAUGAAACAAUUUUUUGUAGAGAAAUAUAUUCAAAAAUUUUAAUUUAUUUAUUAUUGUUCUUGAUGUAGUCUUAUUCCUCUAUUUUUCACGCUUUUUUCGAGAUUAGUUCUUUAUUACAACUACUUUUUUUAUUUCUAGUGAACUAGUUCUAUAAAGGUAACUACUUAAAAAAACUCUGAAUGUUCUAUCUAUGGAUAGUGUGAAAACGACUUCGUUUUGAUUUCUAAUUAAAUAAGAUGUAAUAUAUAUUUUAUAUGCUAAUAUAUAAUUUUAUUUAUUAAUUGUAUUAUAAUUACAAAGAAAAAAUAUAAAUAUAAGUCUAGAGAAUGUGUGUUCGAAAAAUCUAUUAAUAUUAAUAUUUUAAUCCGUACUAAUCUAUACUAUCCCCAUUGUUAGGUUAUGUAUACAAAUUUUAUCAGAUCGUAUCGAAUGUUCUCGGAACAUUUACUUAAAGUUAUAAAUACAUUAUUUUUGUUUAAAAGAUUAUAUCUACAUACGAUAAAAUGAUCAGAUUGACUUUACGGGUUCCUGUAGAUUAUUUAAAGAAAUUAAAAAUUCAUUAUAAAGAUAAUAUUGGAAUCAAUAGUAUUAGACAAUACUCAGAUUUUGUAAAAGUAGUUGAAGUAGGACCAAGAGACGGAUUACAAAAUGAACCCAAAUUUUUACCUACUAACACCAAAAUUCAAUUAAUAAAUAAACUAUCUGAAACAGGUUUACAAAGUAUUGAAACCACAAGUUUUGUAUCGCCUAAGUGGGUUCCGCAAAUGGCAGAUAAUAUUAUUCUUUUCACACAAAUAAAAAGAAAGGCAGGUAUAUCAUAUCCAGUGCUAGUACCAAAUUUGAAAGGGCUAGACAAUGCAUUAAAAGCAGGUGUUAAGGAAAUUGCAAUUUUUGGAGCUGCGUCAGAGACAUUUUCAAAAAAAAAUAUAAAUUGUUCUAUAAAUGAAAGUAUACAAAAUUUUACAGCUGUUAUCAAACAAGCAGAUGAACAGAAUAUAAAGGUGAGAGGUUAUAUUUCUUGUGUUGUUGGCUGUCCUUAUGAAGGGGAGAUUAAGCCAAAAGUUGUAGUUGACUUGGCUUCGUUAAUGUUGAAUCUUGGAUGUUAUGAAAUAUCUCUAGGGGAUACAAUUGGUGUAGGAUCACCUAGAAAGAUUAAGAAACUUCUGAAAGAAUUACAGCAGGUGUCAUCAUGCGAUAUGUCUAAAUUCGCUUUACAUUGUCAUGAUACUUAUGGUCAAGCAUUAGCAAAUAUAUAUGCGGGUCUUGAACAUGGCAUUAGAAUAUUUGAUUCUUCUGUUGCUGGACUUGGAGGAUGUCCAUAUGCAGCUGGUGCCUCAGGAAAUGUUGCAACUGAGGAUUUAUUGUAUCUUCUACAUGGACAAGGCUUAGAAACUGGAGUAAAUUUCAAUAAAAUAGUAGAAAUAGGUAAUUAUAUUAGUAAGGAACUAAACAGGAAGAAUCAAUCUAAGGCUGGACUUGCUAUUCUUGCCCAAAAAAAUCAUCAAUCUUUAUAGAUAUUUAUGUAUAAAUAUUAUGUUUAUACUAAUUUUAUGAGAAUCUGAUUAUAUGUAUAUUUGUAAAAAUAUUGUUAUAUUUUUUAUAAAAUUACAUUUUUAUAAAUAUUACAUCAUUAUUAAUAAAAUAUAUUUUUAUUUUUAUAAUAUAUUAUAACAUUUUUUAUUAUACUAUAGUCAACUUCAUUUAUAUUGUGCAAAAAUUGAAUUAUCUACAAGUGAUCUCAUAUUGAUAAAAGUAAAUAUAUAUAAAUAAUAAUAAUAUAUUAUUAGUGAAGAUAAA